UAGAGAUACUACAAACACACAUGUUUGACACCAAUCAGCAGUUAGAGUUUUGGUGUCUGUCAUCUACAAACAGUGAAGCAGCAACAACAAUGGUAGUAAAGUUCAACUCAGAAGCCAGCACACUAAAAGUUGUUCUCCUAAUAGUUACCAUUUUGGCCAACGUUACUAACCAGGCUGUGUACCUCACACUCAAGGAGGCAGAGAGCAAAGCAGAAUUUGCUGCAACUGUAAUUGGACUUUUUGCUGCAUUUUAUGUCAUAUUUGUAGCUGCAGUGGUACUCAGCAUUCUUCUUAGGCAUAAGGAUUACAUCCAGGACCAAUCAUACAGUGAAUUCUUGAUCAUAAUAACAGCCCAAGUUUUAACAGGAAUAGGAGGCCUGUGCUUUUUCAUUGGCGAUAGGAUAUUACCACUCCUCACAACGUUUGGCCCUGAGCUUAACUGCAAUCAAAAUUGCAUUGAUACAGCAGCUAUUACCGGGACAGCACUAGUAGUGGUCUCUCUCCUGGUUUUUCGCUUUGUCCCACUACUAAUAUUCAAGCUGCACAUUGUUACCAAUACAUACCAACAUUCUGCAAUGAUUGUGAAAUGUCAUUCGAUGUGGCACAGCAUCAUCGAGGCAAUGUCACUCAUUGUAGAGCUUGAUGCCUGGUUUGUCAUCAUUGCUGACAUACCAUUGGAGAAUCCUAAUUUCUGCCCCAAGCACCAGCUUAUAGUAGCAUGGGUACUCUAUGUUUUCAUUGGAGUCAUAUGGAUAGGAAUGCUAAUGGCUAUAGUUCUACCAGGAGCAAUUAAACUACUGUCAAGAGGUCACGAUUUAUUCAAAGCUUUUUCUCUACCAUUGUCAAUGAUAGUGAUAAUAUGGUUUAGUGUGACAGUUCUACUCAUUAGUGCCAAUGUACAACCUAUUGGCUGUCUUUUUAAGUGUGACAUAGUGCUUGGUAACUUCACAGCCGAUUGCAAUACUGAGGGGUACUAUGGCUCACGGACUGCCAUGCUGUGUCUCGUUACAGUCACGUUCAUGGGAGUUGGUAUAGUACUGACUCACAUUGCAUCCAUGACAGGCUAUACAACAGGUGUAGGUAGAAGCAUCGAAGGUAAUAUUUCACUAGAAGAACAGGAAGAUUAACCAUUAAUUACUUUAACUAUUAAUUAUCAUUACAUUUCUUUAUGUAGAGUGCAUAAAAUACAACACGUUUUGCCUGUGUUAGUAUCAAGAGUACAUAAUAAAUUUUAGAUAAUUCUCAAUUUCUAAAUAGCAAUAAAGAGAGACCGCCCCCAACAACACCUGCAGCUAAGCUCAAUGCUAAUAUCAUUGCAGUACCAUUUGAUUCUACCGGUUGGGUAGUAUCUGUCUCCAUUGCUACAUUAGUAGAUGAUUUCUUAAUGGCAUCAAUAACGUCAUGUUUCAAGGUUACGCUGUCAGAUCUCAUUUCUUCAAGGAUUCUACAAGUAAUAGAUUCCGAAUGUUCUUUGAUGGCAUUAAUUACUUCACUAGUAGCAACUGAGGUAUUAUUAAUAGGAGGAGGAAUAUCAUUAGUUGUUGGAGGCGUGGAAUGUCUCAAAGUACUAACAUAUUGAAAGCCCUUCCAAGUGGUCAUUAUGGUACCAACUGCAAUACCUAAUACAAUGUAACGCAUCGCGUAAUCCCUUGUAGAGUUGUAUAAAGACUGAUACGAAGAUCUAGUUUUAUCAAAAAGUUCCUGUUCCUUUUUCAUGAGAUCUUCAACGAUCUGUUGCUGCCGUUCUUCUUUCUCUUUUAAACUAUUCUCCAUCUCGUUAAUCUCACGUAUAACUUGCACGUCAGAUUUCGACUUUCGAUACUCAAAUUCUCUUCGUAAAUACAACUCAUGUAGCUCAGUCUUGAUGCACUCCAGGGACUUUGUGGCUUCUACCAGCGUCUGUCUUGACUGUUUAAAAUCCUCUUCAAGUCUCUCUGUGUCUAGUUUGAGUUUCUCGACCUCGUGUCUGUUGGUUUUAACUAAUCUGGUUGCCACUGGAACUAGCUUGUUUAAAUAUGGUUGCGAGGUUUCCUUAACUUUCCUUGUAUAGCUUUCUAUUGCUCUCUUUCCUUGGUCUGUGAAUGCUCGAGUGCGGGAUUUCAUUAGCCUUAGC